ACUCCACCUACGAGGCAAAAGGAUCCUGUUCUUCCCUUCUCCGAUGCGAGGAUGAGCUGCAAGAACCGCUCUAGCCGAUGAGCGCGAUGUGGAUGCGAGCUGCCGCUGCAGCGACAAGUGGAUGGGGGGCUUCGCGUGUGUACGCUCGGCGUAGUUCUGCGAGAUUGGCAAGCACCACGACUGCGUUGCGACCGUCGCUGCCACUGAGGCAUCCUGCUGCGCAUGCGGCAACAGCUUCAAUCUCGCAGCCCGUCAGCUCAGGUGGCCAGCCUGACCCUGAUGCAAACCGCGGACCGCAGCUGCGACCAUACCAGGAAGAAUGCCUCGCUGCGAUCCUCUCUGCACUCGACCGGGGCGGCACCAAGCUCGGCGUCUCCUCCCCAACGGGGAGCGGGAAGACAACCAUCUUCUCCGAGCUGAUCGCACAGAUCCCCAGGCCUCGCACCCAUCAGCAUCGAGUCCUAAUCCUCGUCUCGUCAAUCCAGCUGGCGCUACAGACAGCUCAACACGUCGCGAGGCGGUAUCCUUCCCUGUGGGUCGAGGUGGAGCAGGGAGCGAGGUAUAAGGCGUCGGGUCUCGCAGACGUCACCAUUGCGACAUGGCAGACACUCAUCAGCUUUGAAGGGGCAGACGAUGGGUUAGGGAGGCGGAGAAGAGUGGAGAAAUUCGACCCGAAAACAUUCAAGGCCGUCAUCGUCGACGAGGCUCACCAUGCAGCCAGUAAGAGCUGGAGAGUAGUCCUCAACCACUUCGAUCCCUCCAUCAGGGUCGAAGACUCCGAAGAGGCGACCGCACUCGACGAGAAAAGCACAAAGACGCCUAUCAUUGGCUUCAGCGCCACGUUCUCGAGGCAUGACGGUCUGAGCCUCGGUAGUGUCUUUGACGAGAUCGUCUUCCAUCGUGAUGUCCUCGAUCUCAUCGACGAAGAGUGGCUUUCGCCCCUCCGCUUUACUUCGAUUCACGCCGAGAUCCCCCUCGAUUCUGUCGCACUCUCCUCGUCGUCCUUGCCCACAGGUGGAGGAGGCGGAGACUUUCAGACGGCUUCACUGGCCCGUGUCGUCAACACCGACACAGUGAAUCGUCUCAUCGUUCGGACUUGGCUCCAACGCGCGUGGCCCAAAGCCUCAACCGAGCAUGAUGAGGGCGCCGGUACCGAUAGACGGCGUCGAUCGACAUUGAUCUUUGCCGUCAAUGUGCAGCACGUCAAGGAUCUCACUGAUGAAUUUCGGAAAGCAGGCAUCGACGCUCGAUACAUGCACGGCGCCACACCCGUCAACGAGCGUAAGACGCUCCUCGAAGACUUUGCCCAGGCCAAGUACCCCGUCCUCGUCAACUGUGCAAUUCUGACGGAAGGAGCCGACAUACCUUCAAUCGACUGUGUGCUACUGGCUCGCCCGACGCUUUCGCGAAACCUGUUUAGCCAGAUGAUUGGGCGAGGCAUGCGAAAGUCGCCUUCGACGGACAAGACCGACUGUCUCAUCUUAGACCUCGUGGGCAACUGCUCGAAAGGACUCGUGUGCGCUCCAACACUCUUUGGACUCGAUCCGACUGCCGAAUUUGAUGAGCAAGAGGACGAACUCGACUCUGGCGACGCAACACUCACAAGCGAGGAACUUAUGGAAAGGCGAAAGGCUCUGCUGGAAGGGGCACCGCUUCGUGCAAACGAGCCGAGCAAGGUGACUUUCGUCGAUUGGACCAGUGCUCGAGAGCUGCAGAAAGCCAUGUCUGCCAAGUCGCUGUUUGGUGGCAGAGGCGCUGAGUUCGGCGGACCAUACAUCGAGAGGAUGAGCAGCAACGCAUGGGUCGAUUGCGGCGAGGAUGUCUACGUGCUGGAUCUGCCGCCCAAUCGCGGGUACCUGCGGGUCGAAAAGACCGCCGAACGGCCAUCAAAGGGCAAGAAGGGAAAGCAAGAGGAAGACGAGGAAGAAGGGGAGUGGAGCAGCUGGUACGUUGCCAAGAAUGUCGACGAGGACGAAGCAUCCGCGACUGGUUCCGGACGACGAAUGUUCUUUGGUCGAGGCAGGAAGUUUUCGCCAUUUCGCCGGCCUCGAAAGGUUCUCACUGCAUCGACGCUAGAGCAGGCGCUGCGAGGUAGCGACACAUUUGUCGUGAAGCGUGUUGCAGGCAUCGCCAGCGGACCGAACUCGCUCGUGGCCCGUCAUGCCGCCUGGAGAAGUCGGCCUGCGAGCGAGAAGCAGCGCGCCUUCGUCUCCAAACGACUGGGCCUGAACAGCGAGAGCGCGGAUGAGGACAGCGACAAGCUCAAGGGCUUGACAAAGGGUGAAGCCGGCACGAUUCUGACGAGGCUCCAGCAUGGGGCGAAGUCUCGUUGGCAGAGAGAAGAGCGGGCUAGGAAGAAAGUGUUGGACCAAGAGGAGAAGAUCGUGAAGCGCAGAGAACGAGAGACGGUCAAGGUCGGUCCUCUGAGCUCUCCUGAGCAGGCAUAGAUUCUACAAAUGCGUGUAUUUUGCAAUCGAAAUGAUACCCGA